UUUUUUCUCCAGCCGCCACAAUGUCUGACCCCACCUCCAUUGCCCAGCAGUUCACUCAGUUCUACUACCAGCAGUUCGACUCCGACCGUAAUGGUCUUGCGUCUCUUUACAGGGACACAUCUAUGAUGACCUGGGAGUCUACUCAAGUACAAGGCUCUGCCGCGAUCACAGAGAAGCUCGUCAGCCUUCCCUUCCAAAAAGUCCAACACAAGGUAGUUACCAUCGAUGCCCAACCAUCUUCUCCCCAGGUCGCCUCUCUUAUCGUGCUCGUCACCGGACAAUUGCUUGUUGACGACGGCCAGAACCCUCUCCAAUUCACUCAGGUCUUCCAUUUGAUACCCGAAGGGGGCAGCUACUUCGUCUUCAACGACGUUUUCAGGCUCAACUACGGAUAAGCGGUGUCUUGUUACAGGAGUGGGAUGUAGGAGGAUCCGUGGGAUCAGACCUCUUUAUUACGAAUCAAUGCACAUAAUAUAUUCUACA